AUGGUUUUGUCUCUUGAUUGUCUUCCUGAAGAGCUACUAUACAUCAUUCUGUGUAACCUCCCCCCUUGUUCUUCGGCUGCACUGGGACAGACUUCUCGCAAGUUUCGAAAUAUCACGAAUGAACCUCUACUAUGGAGAUUCUAUUGUCAAACCCACUUCAAAUUCUGGGAUCCCAAACAUGAUAUGACAAGAAGCUACAGGGGUUCUGCCUCUGCAGUAGACUGGAAACGACUCUACGUUUCUCGACAUCUUAUUGACCGCAGGACAUGCUAUCUUCUUAACAGUAUUCUUGCCGGGCAAACUGGAAGAAUCAAGAAAUUUCGAACCAUCAUUGGUCUUGGAUAUGACAUCAAGGAUACUCUACUACGCCAUAUUUCCGCAGGAUCAGACACAGAGGACUCCUUGGCCAGAAGGUACUACGCAAGAGCGCUGCUGACCUGUCUCCAUCGGAGUAUCGCGGUCCCAGAAUGGAUCAAACUCAGAAAUGGGGAACCCGUGUCCCUGGAAAGGGCUUUGGGUGCGUUUGAUCUUUUCAUCCCAGAGAGCAGUUUCGGGAAUCUGGAUGAAAUCGUGAGUAGGCUAGAUGACAUCGCCUCGCACAUAUUCACAUACUGCMCUAAUAUAAAUAUACUCACGCCUCGUGAGAAGGCCCGGGCUGUUGCCACAUACCUCAGAGCAAGCAAUUUGACAGGCAUUCAGUUAGGCCGGGAUUACCAUUGCCUGGAGCACAAUUUCCUAGGAUUUGCAAUAAAUGAUCCCGAUCAUAAUUCGCUUCCUUUGAUUUCAGCAGCUAUAUACUGCUGCGUUGCCCGAAAAAUAAACCUUGACGCUUGGCCUUGUGGGUUUCCGUUUCAUGUUCAUGUUAUAGUCAUGCCACCCAGCGGUCAGGACAUUGAUGGCAACGCAAUCCCGCCCGCGACACGGAUUGAGCCGCUUUUUAUGGAUCCAUUUCGCUCAGCAGAAGAGACACCUGUUGAGAACUUGCAGAAUCAGUUGAAUUUCCUGGGGGCUUCAGCGGCCGAGCAAUCGGCUUUCCUUCGUGCGUCUGGGGUUGCUGAUACUGUGUUGCGAUGUGGCAAAAACAUCAUGAACUCCAUUCAACGUCUUUCCCAGACCUCUAGUGCACAUCUGGCUCCGGUCGAUGCGGUUAGUGCAAGAUAUGCUGCCCUUUGGUCGUCACUGUUAUUUUCCACUUCUCUCCGGCCGGCGGAACUUAGGCACUACGUACCUUGGUUCUUGGAACUCUUCGCCACGGACUUUCCUUCGGAUGUUCAUUUGAUUGAACAGUAUCUUGUACCGCUUUUUCAAGGCACGCCCCAGCAAGAGGACAUACUUGAGAGCCUUCGUGUCGUGAGAGCUGCGGAUGAGAUACCCAAGCAGGUCAAACGACGGACACCUGAGCGCAAAGCGGUAAGGUAUAGGGUCGGCCAGGUCUUCCGCCAUCGACGGUACAGUUACUUAGCUGUUAUAACUGGUUGGGAUACUGAGUGCGAUGCGAGCGAACAGUGGAUGAGAAGGAUGGGCAUCGAUCGUUUGGAAGCCGGCAGGCACCAAAGUUUCUACCACGCAUUGGCUGAGGACAAGUCUGUUCGCUACGUUGCGGAAGAGAAUGUCGAACUUAUCACUCCCGACCUAUUUGAGCUACCGCGAACGCUUGUGGAAACAGCAGGAAAGCACUUCAAGCGGUGGGAUGGCUGUUCUCGUACAUUUGUGAGCAAUAUUCGAGAUGAGUAUCCUGAUGACUGA